AUGGAUAAAAUAGGUUUUGCUAGUUUUAGCAGUAAGGCAAAGCCUUAUGUGUUAACUGUGGCAAUUCAAUUUGGGUUUGCAGGAGCAUACAUAAUCUCCAUGGCUAGUUUCAAUAUUGGAAUGAGUCGUUUUGUGUUCAUUGUUUAUCGUAAUAUCAUUGCUGCAAUUGCCCUUGCUCCUUUUGCAUGGUUUUUUGAAAGGAAAGUUAGGCCAAAGAUGACUAUCUCUGUCUUUUUGCGGAUAAUGGCACUCGCAUUUUUGGAGCCAGUGAUUGAUCAAGGAUUCACUUUCUUGGGAAUGCAAUAUACAUCAGCUUCGUUUACAUCUGUUUUGGCGAAUACUGUGCCUUCGAUUACCUUUUUCUUAGCCGUAAUUUUCAGGAUUGAACAUGUAAAUAUUAAGCAGAUACGAAGCAUAGCAAAGGUGAUUGGGACAAUUGUAUCGUUUGGAGGAGCAUUAUUAAUGACAAUUUACAAAGGGCCACAAAUCCAUCUUUUUUAUUCUCCAAACACAGCUCAUCAUCAUGCUGGAAGUCACGACACUCAACCUCUUAAACAUUGGGUCUCCGGAACACUUUUUGUAUUAUUGGGCUGUUUCGCUUGGUCAUCUUUCUUCAUAUUACAGUCGAUCACGUUGAAAAAGUAUCCCGCAGAAAUGUCAUUGUCUACGUUAAUUUGCUUAGUUGGUUCUUUGAUGAGUACCGCAGUGGCGUUGGUGGCCGAGCGUCACUCAGGUCCAGGGGUUUGGGCUCUUGGUUGGGAUUUUAGACUCUAUGGUCCUCUCUUCACGGGAAUAGUUACCUCAGGAAUAACAUAUUAUGUGCAAGGGUUGGUAUUCCAAAGUAGAGGCCCAGUAUUUUUCACAGCAUUUAAUCCUCUUUGUAUGAUCAUCACUUGUGCUUUAGGCGCCUUUCUUUUCGGAGAACAACUCCACUUGGGCAGUGUCAUUGGAGCAGUGAUUAUUGCAGUCGGUCUUUAUUCUGUUAUAUGGGGUAAAGGCAAAGACUGUUCAUCAGCCACUACUACUAUGCCACCAUCGUCACUUACAAUGAAGCAGAUUGAGACACAACAACUUCCAAUUACUUCAUCUGAUCAUGUCUAA